AAGGAGCCAGAAUGGCGGCCGUGCAGUGCAGCAAAUGCACGGGAGAAAGGAAAGGGUUUCGGCGGGAGCUUGAUUCCUGGCGGCACAGAUUGAUACACUGCGUUGGGUUUGAAAGUAUCCUGGAGGGAAUCUACGGACCAAUGUUGUUGAAAGACAUCAAUUUAUUUGCUGAUUGUGAACCUGAAGAAAUUGAUGACUGGUCCCCAGAAGCAAGCCUGUCUCGGUGUUCAUUCUGUAAACUUCCACUGGAAAAACUUAACUUAGCUGAUCGAGUACCUACAGCCACUUCGCCUCUCUCCUGCCCCUCUGAUUACUCCUCCUCCCAGGCCCCGACCAUAUCUGAGAGCAGCCAGUCAGCACACAGGUUCCUCCAAGCUGUGUUUCAUAAAAAAGAUGUGCCCCUGGACGGUGAUUCAAAGAUACCUCUGGUUGCCCAAGAUCUCAUGAAGAAGAUGAUACACCAGUUUGCUGUAGAGUAUGCAUCCAAGUGCCUACUCCGCACCAACAUAAAUGGUGUUACAAGGACCUCAUCGCCUUCGUCAGAAACAUCAGAUUCCCCUCUGGACCUCACAAUGAGCAGAACACCGGAGGAGGUUGAACCGGAACCAGAACCAGUAGAUGGUGUUCUAGAUCUCUCAAAGGGGAACUCUGUCAGCUCAGCAGCCUCUUCGUCGUCGUGUAAUCACAGAGCCUCAGGUCGCCAGCUGUCGUUGGUUACAGAAAAACGGGAAGAUCUGGACCAGCAAGGGACAAAAGUUUGUCAGAGAUCUGCACUGGAUGAUGUUCUACAUCCUCUCUGUCCAGCACACCGAUCCCUACUCCAUCAGAUCCUGAAGCUAGCACACCAGGAAAAACUGCUUCUGUUCCUCAAUCGCAGACAUGUUGGCCAUACUGAAUCCCACUGCUGUCACUGUGGUUUAAGCCCACAGAAUAACCUCACUCCUCUCCCAGUCCCUUUGAAUGAAUGUAAAUCCCAUAAAUGCAGCCCGUACUGCCCUUCAGCCGUUUGCGAUCUUCAAAGUCAUUGCAGCACCCAUGGAGGAGACUCCAAGUCUUGUGGCAUCCAUCAUCACCCUUUAAAACACUGUAACAGUGAAGGUUAUCAAGCUCCAAGCUACAGUUGCGUGCAGAGGUGCCGGGCAGAAACUUGUACUCUUCUAUGCUCCAAGAAAAGCCUGGCAGUGGGUCACAGAAACAAAAUAGAGAGUUCAUUUGCAUCCCCACCUUUGUGUAAUCCCCCCUCGAAAAUAUGCUCAUCAGUGUGUUACAAGCAACGCAACUCCCAAUCUUGUUCUUGUUAUCCAAACCACAUUGGUGGAAUACAAGCCAGGAAUACGGUAGAAAGGGGGAUCGGAGAUGCGGAUUGUCCUGUCCUUAACAGGGAGCAGAGCCCUUCUCCUCCCCCUCUUUCCCCCAUCUCUUUAGACGUCAGUAAGAAAAUCGAUGAAAAGCCACCAUUCCUGCUUCACCACAGACAAGGGGAGGAUGCUGACCUGGCGCUUAAGAACGGAUUUAUGAGCACAAACCAUGUGCUAGAGGAUGUUAAUGCAGUUACAGAAAACGAGCCACACUGUAGGAAUCCUGGAAAUUGCCAGGUUCAGAGCGCAAGUGGGACUUCACUGGAAGAUGUUAUGAGUCGCUUUAGUGAAAAACUGGAGACUAUCAAGCCUGUAGACAAACACCCGACAAAUAUUCAUGUUUCUGAUAAGGAGCAGUCACCGUUUCCCUCAACCAGUCAGAGCCUGCAGUUUUAUCCUGAUUCCCAUUUGACUGAAAUCAUCACCACAGUUCUCCACAGAGGCAAAGCCAGCGACUACAGUCUCACUGAGCUUUUUAACCGGCAUGAAAACGAAGAGCCUAAGUCACCCAUCACUCGUUUACGUCGUCGGCAGGAGGUCCAGGCUGCUAUAUCAACAUCUCCCGAUGAUGCUUCCACCAGAAGGCAGAGCUUGAAAAUUAAACGGGAGCUCGCCAUGCUUGAUCAGUCCCACAAUAGGAAGAAGGCAGCACCGGCAAAGAGGGCAAGAUUAAAAGAAGAAAAGGUUUUUGAAACUAUAUCCGGCACUCCAUCAGACCCAAAUACAGUAAAGGAGAUUUGUAAAAAAGAAACCGAAGCAGACGAGGAACCUGCAGAGGAAAACAGUGACGUUAAGGAAGAGAUACAUGCAGUUAAAGUGGAAGGAGAUUUGGGUAUUAUUCAAGAAGAGGAAAGAGAAGCGGAAACAUCUCCUGAAGAGAACAUGCCUUCACUCUCGAGAAGUCAACACACUCCUGAGCUCCAGAGUACACAUGGAAAACAAUACUCAAUCACUGAGCAUGAACAAACACAGCUGACAGUGACGGCUACCGCAGAAGAACGGUGUAGCAGCCCCUGUAGAGAAGACUGUAUGCCAGAAGAAGCCCUGUCCCUUCAAAACGAUGACGCAGGCAAAACCGCAGAUGGAAAUUCUAACAGCCCUGUUAGAAAAGCACAAAACUCUCUGUCAGACCCUUCAAGCGGAGUAAGAAAGUCCACAAGACAUAUAGUACCUCCACCGCGGUUUUCCUCCUACGUCACUGAGCCUAGAAAGAUGUUCUUUGUUGCAUGUUUCUCUGAAAACAUCUUUAAUGUGGCACAAAAUGAGAAAGUUCCAACAUCUAGCACCUUGAAAACAUUUCAAACGGAUGUCGACAGCAGCCAGCCUCAAUCAGGAAGCGAAGCCUGCACAUCAUCGCAGGAGGACCCAGAGGAGCUUGCCUUCGAUUCAGAUCAAAACGAACAAUACGAGUCAUCUCACACAGAGUCAAAAGAUCAAUGUCAAGUCUUGCCACAAACUGAGGCGGUCAAAGAGGAGAGAUCUCAAAGUCCGCCCCCGGAGACGAGAACAGCAGCAACGGCUAUGAAUGACUCUUCUGUACAUGGGAGGCUUCGGUCGUCGCCAAGACUGCAUGCUUCGAGGAUACACAAGGAUGCAUCAAAUGUGGAUUCCACUGUCAAGACUACUUGUGUUGAAACCCCUCUUACAGCCCAAGUCCAGUACACGAGUCCAAUUAAACUCAUGUUUGUGUCUCAAGUAAAGGAUAAAGAAGGAGUUAAGUACAGUCUCAAAUCAGUAGGUUCUAGUACAGGAACAGAAGAACCUUUUGACCCUUGUGUAGAGUCUUCAUGGUCGGGAACUCCUCAGAAGCACAAAACCCGGAGCAACAGUUGUGCGUCAUCACCAGGGAAACCCGUGUCUUCGCCACUAAAAUCCACUACCUCACCAGCAGGAUCUGCUUCUUCACCCGCCGAGUCACCCAGCUCAACGUUAAAUUUGGCUACAUCGCCCGCCAAGUCGGCCUCAUCGCCCGCCAAGUCGGCAUCUUCCCCUGCCAAGUCAACAUCUUCAUCCCCCAAAAGUGGCUCCAGAAGAUCCAGUGACGGUACUCCACCCAAGCGCUUCUCUGGACCCGAGAGCCAGAGAUCUCCAAGUAAUUUGCAAUCUGUCUGUGAAACCACUCCUCCAAAGAAACGCCCAGGCCGGCCGAAGAAGCUCGGGCCGCAGCUGGAGCAAAAAGUGAAGAGGCCUAUCGGUCGGCCACCGAAGCAGAAGACCUCGGACACUGCAAUGAAGGCAAGUUUGUUAAACGGGAAAUGCCAUCAGGCUUCUGACGACAAGGACAAUGUGAACAAAAACCUCAAAAUAACAGUGAUGUAUGGCCGUUCAAGGAGAAACAAGAGAGUGGUGUCGGAGGGCUUUGACCAGCUGCAGAAGGAUUUCAGUGACUCUUUGCAAGCGGUGGACCUUAAAAGCGACCUGGGUAUUUUACUGCAACACUCUAAGAACGGCUCGGCUAACAUCAACCCAGUUGCAGAGGAACUAAGUCUUAGCAGCUCUGCCAAAGACCCCGCCCCUCAAUCUCGCAGUAUUAUCAAAUGUCAGAAACGAGACGAGUCUGCUCCCUUAAGGAAACCAGGUAGACCAGCAAAAGUGAAGAUAUCCGGCAUCUCAGUCACAGUCACUACAGUGUCACCACGGCAACGCAAAAUUCAGAUCAACAAGGAUAUUCAGCAGUCACCUGAAAUGCAGCUUUGUAAAAAAGUGCUCUUACCUGAACUAAAAUCCGCCAAAGAACCCAGGACAAUCAGCCGUCCGUUUCCAAGCAAGAAGAGUCAAGCAGAGGACGGGGUAGAAACCAAGGAUACGCACGAGGAGGAGCUGCCGAACGAGUCGGUGGCAGUUCGGCAUUCAUUGAGGGUGAGAAAACCUUCGAUCCACUUCCUGCACGCUGUGGCCACAUCUAGUUUCAGAUCGUACAGCCGCAGCAAUGCUCUGAUCCGGCGCUCGAAACAGCUUCUGCUGACCAAGGCCAACAAUGAGAGGAGACUGGAGGAGCAACAGAAUAGUCUAAAGACUUCAGGGGAGAAAAGACAGCUCUCUGGACGAGGACGAGAGGCCAUUUCUCAGGAUCUGAGCAGGGUGGAAGGGGUAUCUGUCGAUUCCAUCUUUACCCCGAGAGGGACGCUGAGGUGGUGGGCGUCAUCGGCUGAAGAACAGACCGUACAUCAGGAGUUUGCGAGGCGAAUACAAGUCAUCUCCAACACCUGGGUUUCAGACACCGCAGACAACCUCGACAAAGAAAUUGCCUUAAGUUCUAAGCUUGACGGUAAAGGGAGCAGGCCAUAUACCAGGAAGUUCAAACAUUCCUCCAUGGUCCAAACGCUGUUUGGCUGUCAGCCCGACCAACCCAGUUCCUGCGGCAUGCAGCAGAUCUGCUCCUGGUUCAUGCAGACCACCGAGACCCAGUCUUUGGCUAUCGUCAAGAAGGCAAGCUCCCGUAACCCUUAUGAACUGAUGCACUUCCCUCGUUCCGUCAACAAGAAAACGGCAUGCCCAAGUCCUCAGGCGGAGCGUCUGCGAAAACACACCAAGAAGUUUGCCCAAACAGUGCCAAAAAGUCCCCUGCAACACCAGCUGGCCCAACGGAAACUGAGGAGGAAGAAACCGCAAAAGAUUUGGUGGCGGCUUCUUGUCCCCAGCUUUUCACGAUGCACUGGACGAGUCCUGUGGUGGCGAUCCAGCUCGUCGGGGAGAUUUCAAGCCACUCUGGUCAGAGUACGGAAAAGGUUCCUACAUCUCAAAGGUAGAAACCGGAGGAGGAGGAUGCAAAGAGACAGACAAGUAGCAGCACGUUCCUCCAAAGGACCUGUCUUAGCUGAACUACAACUAAAUCGCAAAGCAUUACACGCGUCGGAGAAACAUCCGCCCUCUGACCGUCUCAAGAUCAGCUCGGCAACCUGUUGCGACGACCAAGCUCAGGAGGCCGUUCACAAGGAGCGCAAGCUCUGCUCCAAAGCCUGGAGUCCCGAGAGCCUGAAGGAAUGCCGGGUGUUUCUGAGGAAGAUCAACUCUCCAGACAGCGAGUCCGCUGGGGAGGAGUGCACUGUAACACUGGAUGAUGGGUCGCCUUCCGCAUGCCUGUUUGCAGGGAAGGAGAGGGAACCAGUAGGAAAUGUUCAAACUGUGAAAAGUGAGAGAAAAAGGACCCUUAAUAAGAGGGCUGCGUCAACUGAACUGGCAGGUUCUACAUCUAAGUCGGACCAGAAGAAGGACACCGCGCCCGCGGGGAGACAGAGGAGCAAAUACAAAAGUCCCGCAGUCGUGUCCCCUGAAGUUCCACAACCACCACCAGCGAAAAGGUUGAGACAAUCGCGAAUGAGGGGCCUCACCGGACCGAGAUGGUGCGACUUUGUAUUUGAAAGCUAAAUGAAGCAUGGGAACUCCUCCUCCUGGUUAGGGGGGACUAUUGUUAAACGUGGUGCCUUUGGACUUUGAGCUGACCACGUGGACUGACCUUCCCACUACGGUUCAGUCUUACACUCAGCGAUUAUGUAGCAGUCUAACUUAAAAGCUUGAUGUUGCACUAUUUUUAUCCAUGAAUAUAUGUUUUUUUUUUUUUUUUUUUUUCUGUUUGUGUUGCCUUUGUCUUUCUCAGCGUGUGUAGUAGAACAACUCCGUUACAUCAGAGAGUAUUUGUUUUUGGGAUAAGUAGUGAUAAAGUGCUCACUGUUUGAGGAAAGACGACGUGUGACGGCAUCGGCGGCGCCGCCUCCCGCAGGUCACGACGCCGCACGAAGGCCAACAAGCUUUUGGAACAUCUUAAUCUGAAAUACCUAAUUUAACUACUACAAGUCACUCCUGCUCUAAAGCUCAUUUUCAUAUUUAUGUCUUACUUAAGCACUCUUUAAAUUUUAGAUAAUUAUUUGAUAUAUAUUAUAGUUUAGGUAAAAUUAUUUUAAGCCCCCCACCCCAAUCCGAGCCUUUUCUUACCACACCAAGUAGCCAAAAAUGUUUUAAUGAAGGAAACUUAAUCUUUAAUCAUUUUGUGUUUGGGCCUCAGCUGUAAAGCAACGAUGCAGUGCAGCUAAGAAAGCCAAAUAAUAAUUACUCAUUUCAAUUAAAACUUUGAUGAAAAUACAUUUUCAAAUUGACACAAUUGCUUCAAGUGGAUGCAGUCCCAAAAAAUAACUUGCAAUAGGAGAUGUGUGAGAAGUGAUUAAAGAACGUAGCAUUAUGAUGUAGAAAGUAGAUUGUGCUUUAUUUGUUAGUUCGUGGGACAUUUCAAUUCCAAUAUUUGGACCGUAUGUCUGUUUUUUUUUUUGUUUUUUUUUAAUCUCUCCCUUUCUUCAGCAUUUACUGUACGUUUCCACCGGAUGUACUUGCACUAUUGCAUUUGCGAUUAUUGAUCACACUACACAGAAUCCUCCACCCAUGUUUUUGCACAUCCACCUCCCUGCUACCAGCCCCUACUGUAAGACUAGAGAAUCUCUUUGGUGCAAUACAAAACCAUAUGAUUUAUCAUUAUGUUGAAAGAAGAAAGUUAUUUUAUUGCUGACAGACGAAUGGAUGUACACAAGCACCGAUGGCCUGGGAUGUGACUUCACCCGUCUCCGUAGCCGUGUCAUGAGAUUCUUAACCCAGUAAGAGCUACUCCUGCAAUCAGCUCACUGGAUUAAAUACUGUUAUUCAAACUUGGUUUGCAGAUUAAUUUAAAAACAAAAAAAGAACCCCAAAUCAUCAUAGCAUUAAGUCCUUUUGUCAUGUUAACAUUAAAAGUUUAAACACAGGUGGGACUUGUCCCGAUUGUUUUCAGGAGGACGUCGUCCUCUUUCUCUCCUCUCGUUCCAGCAACAGGCUCCUACCUCCUGGGACUCUGCUCACCGCUCGUCUGUUCAUCAGCCAGAGUUCACUGAUAAACCUUCAUCCUUGAUAAGUAUGUUUUCUCGCCGCUUGUUAGAGGGAUGCUAGAUGGAAAAGCAUCUGGCUUUAGGUCAAAACUUAACCCUGUAGUGAGUAUUGUGCCUGAGUGCCCUCGUCUGUACGUGUUGUCACUAUGAUCCCCGUUUCAUCUUGAGAGGUGGAGAAGUGAUUAAUGACCUGCUCUGUUCGUUGAAGAACCUGGUGCUAAACAUCUGUUGUAUAUUUUCUUUGUCAUGUGUUUUUAUACUGUCCUUUACAGAUGCAAAAACAGGUGUCUGAAGGGAUCAAUAAAGUCUUUUUCAAGUA